UCAUCAUCUUUCUCUAAGAAGAAGAAGCAUCAUGUCUCACCACUCCAGCUUCAGCACCUCUGGACACAAGCACUUCAGCUCCUGUUCAGUAGCUUUACCUAAACAUGUCAGUACACACAGCACCUUCUCCCACCACUCCAAACCUGCAGCUCAUGGACAAAAGACACAGCAUUGCUUCAGCAGCAAAAGUGCCCACAGUAUCGGAUCCAAGGGGCAUAAGAUCUCAUUGGGAAGCUUCCAUUCAGGGAAAAAUGGACAUGGAUCUGGACAUGGUGUUGGUGGUAUUGGCUCUGGAUUUGGAGGAUGCUCUGGAGGUAUCACAUCAGUAACUGUGAACCAAGGUCUCCUAGCACCUCUCAACCUAGAGAUUGAUCCAAGCAUCCAAAGAGUGAGAACUGAAGAAAGGAACCAAAUUAGAGGACUUAAUGACAAAUUUGCUUCUUUUAUUGACAAGGUAAGAUUUUUGGAGCAGCAGAACAAGAUGCUGGAGACUAAGUGGGCUCUUCUCCAAGACCAGAAAACUGCCAGGUGUCAGAUUGAGCCUCUGUUUGAGGCUUUUAUCAGUAACCUCAGAAGGCAGCUGGAGGGUCUCCAAUGUGAGAAAACUCGUCUGGAAGCAGAAAGGAACAGUAUGGAACAAAAUGUAGAGGAAACAAGGAGAAGAUAUGAAGAAGAGGUCAACAGACGCACAGCUGCCGAGAAUGAGUUUGUAGGACUUAAGAGGGACGUAGAUGCUGCUUUUAUGAACAAAGCUGAGCUCCAAGCAAAGGCUGAUUCCCUGACUGAUGAAAUCAACUUCCUAAGAACUCUCUUUGAUGCAGAAAUUGCCCAGCUUCAGGCUCAGAUCUCAGACACCUCUGUGGUUGUCUCCAUGGAUAACAGCCGUGAUCUGGACCUGGAUGGAAUCAUUUCUGAAGUCAGAGCUCAAUACGAGGAGAUUGCUAACAGGAGUAGAGCUGAAGCAGAAGCCAUGUACCAGUCACGGUUUGAGGAGCUCCGUAUGGCUGCAGGAAGAAAUGGGAAUGAUCUGCAAAGCAGCAGAGAUGAGAUCUGUGAAUUAAAUCGAACAAUUCAAAGACUAAAAGCAGAGAUUGAUAACGUAAAAGCUCAGCGCUCUGCCCUGGAAUCUGCUAUAAACGAGGCUGAAGAACGUGGAGAAGCCGCUGUCAGAGAUGCCAAGAACAAACUGUCUGAGCUGGAGGCUGCUCUGCAGAAGGCCAAGCAAGACAUGGCUCGCCAACUGCGAGAAUACCAGGAGCUGAUGAAUGUGAAACUGGCUCUGGAUAUUGAGAUUGCGACCUACAGGAAGAUGCUGGAAGGAGAAGAGUGCAGGUAA